GCAAAUGUCGGAACGUCAAGAGUCGUGGUGGGUGAUGGUUUCAGCGAAACGGUAGAGUUGUUCAGUGUGAAGGUCACCGGAAAUGAAGUACGAAGCAAUUUCCCUUCUGGCCUUGCUGGUGCAUCCGAUUGGGAGUCUGGCGGUUGACAUAUUUGACGGCAUAGAGGACGGAGUCAGUGAACCAGCAGAAGAUUCAUUCGAUGUAACGGUUAAGGACGAACCGGAAAAUGUCCCAAAAAAGUGCGUCAAAGACAUCAUACCAGACGAUUCGAUAAGUUUCAAGUCGAAAGCUCUCCAAAAGCUUCAGAAUCUACCAAAUGAAGUUCCUCAAGCUCCUCCACUUCCAAAGUUGGGUCAAUUCUGGACCCAAAUAACCACAAUCUUUCAGCAACCAACUUUCGGCGAAAAGGUUGAGGAGGCAAAGCAGGUCUUCAACCACUAUCGUGCCCUGAUUAAGGCAUUCAGCGACGAGUGGUUAGAGUUCUUCACCAAAAAUCGUCAGGAUGCGAUCGAAAACGUUCAAAAGGUCAUCCAAGACACGAACCAGGAAAUUAAGAGCUUUUUCACAAGAAAGUUCAGCGAAUUUGACGGAUUGUGCCUGCCGGAAGACAAUGAGUGUCUGCAAAGUGUCCAGAACAGCUUAAAGGAGUACUCCAAAAAGGUCGAGGAAAAUACGGCGGCUUGCGGUGAGUUUGUCGAUCGUCAGCUCGAUCAACACGAUCAACUGGUCGCGGACGAGCAGAAGAAGCUGGAAUCGGGGAUGCUGCGGAUCGACGGUUGCUUCCAGAAGAAGGAAUUUCUCGGUGAAGUUAUGGCUUGCGUUGGAAGUGUGGCGGCCAACUUUUUCCACCAAACCUCGCAAGCCACGCAAAAGUUCGCCACCGUGAUGGGCAAAGCUUCGGCCAGCGUAAGGAACCGGCUGGGCCGCUUCCGGACCUGUGUCGUCGAGAGGAAGCGGCUGCUGGCCGGGGGCCAGAACCAGAUUGCCGAAAAGGCCACAGCUUGUCUGAAAGCGCAAAAGUCGUCGUCGUCGGGGGCUGGUUUGUUUCAGUAGUGGGGGUGUGGUGAGUGUGUAAAAUAGAUACAGUCUGGCG